UUCACAUAUCAUUUCAUAACUCAAACCUAAACAACUAAUUUCUUCCCAUAUUCUUAUGACAAUGUCACCCCAUCUUGAAUUCGAACUGAUCUCAAAAUGCAGUACGAAAUCAAGAUCUAAUCAGACCGUUGCGUCUGAUCUCAAUGGUACCCUUCUUGUUUCUCCCAACCCGUUCCCUUACUACUUUCUCAUUGCACUAGAAGCCGGAAGCAUUUUCCGAGCUUUCUUUCUAUUAAUAGCCUUCCCAUUUAUUUACAUAACUUCUUAUUUUUCUCAAUCAAUUGCAACUAGUAUCUACAUUUUCAUAUCAUGUGCCGGUUUAAGAAUUCGAGACAUUGAGCUAGUAUCAAGCUCGGUUUUGCCUAGAUUUUAUGUGGGUGAUGUACGACCCGAAUCAUGGAAAGUGUUUAGCUCGUUUGGGAAAAGGUAUGUGGUGACCUCUACACCAAGGGUUAUGGUCGAACACUUUGUGAAGAAUUUUCUAGGGGCUGAUAAAGUUUUGGGGACAGAACUUGAGGUCUCGAAAAAAGGUCGAGCCACUGGGUUUGUUAAAGUGCCAGGUGUGCUAGUGGGUCAGCUAAAAAAGGCUGCCAUUUUACAAGAAUUUGAAGGUUCUAACUUGCCUGAUUUGGGUCUUGGAGAUGGUGAGACUGACAAACAUUUCAUGUCCAUUUGCAAGGAAGGAUAUAUGGUACCAAGAACAAGAACCGAGCCCUUACCAAGAGACAAGCUUUUAAGUCCGAUUAUUUUUCAUGAAGGGCGUCUAGUGCAAAGGCCAACACCACUAACGGCGCUGCUCACCUUCUUAUGGAUGCCGAUUGGCAUUUUCCUAUCGAUUCUUAGAGUUUACCUAAACAUCCCUUUACCCGAAAGGAUUGUGUACUACAACUACAAGAUCCUUGGAAUCAAACUAGUUGUUAAGGGCACCCCUCCACCCCCUCCCACAAAAGGCCAAAGUGGGGUGCUUUUUGUGUGCAAUCAUCGCGCGAUUUUAGACCCUGUGGUCACUGCCGUCGCUUUAGGAAGGAAAAUUAGUUGUGUGACAUAUAGCAUUAGUAAAUUUUCAGAGUUAAUUUCACCAAUCAAAGCCGUGGCAUUGGCAAGGGAAAGAGAUAAAGACGCGGCACAUAUUAAGCAGUUGUUAGAAGAAGGUGAUUUGGUUAUUUGCCCCGAAGGGACUACAUGUAGAGAGGCGUUUUUGCUAAGAUUUAGCGCUCUUUUUGCAGAGCUCACGGAUAGGAUUGUGCCCGUUGCUAUUAAUACAAAACAAAGCGUGUUUUAUGGGACAACGGCUCGUGGGCACAAGUUUCUCGACCCAUAUUUCGUGUUCAUGAAUCCAAGGCCAACAUAUGAGAUAACUUUCUUAAAUCAACUACCAGCUGAACUUACUUGCAAAGGAGGUAAAUCGGCAUUUGAAGUUGCAAAUUAUAUUCAAAGGGUGAUUGGGGAUACACUUGGGUUCGAAUGCACUAAUUUGACAAGGAAAGACAAGUAUGCUAUGAUGGCUGGAACAGAUGGUCGUGUUGAUAACAAAAAGGGAAAGAAGUCACAAUAAUAGAGCCAAAAAAACAAGAUUUGAUUUGGAUAGUUUGUUCUUGUCUUUAUUUUUUCAAAUAAGAUUUCAAUGAUUUAUUUAAACAAAAAUUAAGGCUUGUUUA